CCCAAAGGAAACCAUCAUGGCACCCAAGCAAAAGAUCAUCAUCGACACCGACCCAGGUGUCGAUGAUAUUCUGGCUAUGCUCCUCGCAUUCAGUGCUACACCCGAAGAGAUCGAGGUCCUCCUUAUCUCUCUGACGUUUGGGAAUAUUGACGUACAAAAUUGCCUCCGUAAUGCUGUUUCGCUGUUCCAUCACAUGGAAAGAGAGAUUGAGUGGAGAAGCAAGAAUGGCAAAGAGUUAGGUUUUGAGACUUUGAGAGCUUCGAAGCCUCUUGUUGCCGUUGGUGCCGAAGAGCCUCUGGCAGAGCAGCUUAUGAUGGCAGACUUCUUCCGUAUGUAUCCUAGGGAGCUUGAGACAUGGAAAAUACUCUUCGAUGCCGCCNGGGGAGCACCUCUGUCACCAGGAGCGACCAGAACUUCUCAGCAAGUUCGUGAGGCUUCCAUGUUCAAGCCUUCCCCGCGUCGUUCUCAUGAAGAGAUCCUGCGUCUGUUGGAGGAGAAUGAGCCAGACACUAUCACCAUUGUCGCGAUCGGACCUCUGACCAACCUAGCCAUCGCUGCGGCUCAGGAUCCUGAGACGUUCUUGCGCGUGAAGGAAGUGGUCGUCAUGGGAAAUACCAUCGACCAGCAAGGAAAUGUACGCCAGCAACCUCCCCCUAUCUACCCAUCCGCCUCAAUCCCAGAGCCACCGUUCCGCCUGAUCAAGGCCCCACAAACACCUUUGCGCACUAGUCUAAACAUCCGUAACCAGGUAACCCCAGUGGCCGAAUUCAAUACAUACGCCGAUAGCAUUGCCACGGCCCGUGUGUAUGCACUUACUUCGCCUACUCCAAACACGACUAUCCCUCCUUCGCCUCCUGCUCCGCCUGGCUCGCAUUCACUGCCCCACUUGGCACCUUAUCCGGCAAAGCUGUCGAGACAGCUCAAGCUUACUGUGUUCCCUCUCGACAUCACAACACCUCAUAAGAUAACAAGGGGUCAGGUCAAACAGACGAUUAAGCCCUUGAUUGAGGCUGGGUCACCCUUGGCAGAGUGGACCGCAGCGUUCCUGAACUCGACGUUUGAUAAGGUUGAAUCGUUGAUGGAAGGCAUCAGUGGUGACUCUGUUGGCCUUGAACUGCAUGAUCCGCUGUGUAUCUGGUACGCGCUCACCCACGACGAUGCGGGUUGGAAGAUCAAGAAGGACGAGGAUAUCAGAAUUGAAACGACAGGUCAAUGGACACGCGGUAUGACGGUUGUGGAUAGACGUGGCAGAAAGAAGCGAGCCCCAGACGACGGUGAGGGUGAGAUCCCUGGUGAUGCAGGCAACUGGCUCAGCCCCAAUGCGGGUAACCGAGUUGGAAGAUGCGUACAGUCGCCCGGUGUCGACCUCUUUGCGCCGUAUCUAUUACGAAGAAUCUUUCGCGCA